AAAAGGAACAUCGAAAGCUGAGCGUCAAGCACAAUAAUCUGCGUAUUAAAAGAAAAAUUUAUAAAAAUUAUAAAUUCUGCCAAAAUAACGUUUCAUUGAAGGCUUUAAAAGCAACUGUGUUUUUGCCAUAGGGUCAAAUUAAAGGAAUAUAUAGAAAUUAAUUAUAAUCCGACGGUUUGUCCGUGUUAAUCCGAGUUUUAUCCCGUGAAAGAGUUCAAGUCGUGCGUGUGACCCCGCGAAGGUCGAGAAAUACAAAUAAUUAUGCCGGGUGCUCAAUCAUUUAAAUUAUUUAUCGGAAAUCUGGAUGAGAAUACAAAGACGAAUGACGUUCGCCCACUUUUUGAGAAAUAUGGCAAAGUCGUGGAAUUCGACAUCGUGAAAAAUUACGGGUUUGUUCAUUUUCAAAACGAAUCUGAUGCCCGUGAUGCUGUUGCAAACCUGAACGGUUAUGUUAUCAAUGGCAAUGCUAUAAAAGUUGAAAAUGCUAAAUCACGUCGCGCACCAAACAGCAACACAACGAAAAUUUUCGUGGGAAACUUAACUGAGAAGACACGGACCGCAGAAGUGCGCGAACUGUUCGAGAAAUACGGAACUGUUUUAGAAUGCGACGUCGUAGGAUGUCGAAACUACGGAUUCGUGCAUUUAGAAGUCGCUGACAAUGUUAACGUUAAUGACGCUAUACGUGAAUUAAACGGAAUGGUUAUCGAUGGACAAGCGCUCAAAGUUCAAGUGUCGACUUCGCGCGUUCGUCAACGUCCCGGUAUGGGCGAUCCCGAAUCAUGUUAUCGAUGUGGCAGAACUGGCCAUUGGUCGAAGGAAUGUCCACGAAUUUGGAACGAGAGAGCUGGUGUUGGUGCAUUUCGUGAAAGAGGCGCCUUCAUUCCACCACCGCCACCACCUGCUUUCCUGCGUGAUAGAAUUAUUGAUGGAUUCAGAGAUUUUGACUACUACGACCGACGUGAUGAAUAUGCAAGAGACAUGUUUGAGAGACGUUACCCACCAAUGGGCCGUGGAAGUCGUGAACGACCUUAUCCGAUUAUGGAUCGUAUGCCACCACCACCUCCAAUGAGCUCUAUGAGUAUGCGAGGACCAUCGCGUGACUUCCCAUCAUCACGAGAGAUGUUCACUCGUCGUUCACCUCCUGGUCGCUCGAUGAGUCGCGGUGGUGGUUUCUCAAUUCAAAAUCAUUUGAAAAAUUUAUCGCGACACAUUUCGUCGUCUCUUCAACAAUCAUUAAAAAGAAAUCCAAAUUGGGGAACAAAAAAACCACAUCGAAAUAUAAAAAUACCUUUAUCUGAAUAUUUAAAUAUGACAGAUCCUAAAACCGAAGAAAUCCUUUCGCCGCUAAGACAAGCUGUCAAAGAACAAGGUGAUUUAGUACGGCAAUUGAAGACCGAUGGUGCUCCUGAUUUUGAUGUUAAGAAGGCGGUCGCUGAGCUUAAAGCUCGAAAGAAGAUCCUUGAAGAUAAAGAAUUGAGCUUAGCUCCCCAAUUAAUGUCUUUCGAUCGAGCGAAAAUGGAAGAUUCAUUAAAACGUCGAUUCUUCUAUGAUCAAAGUUUCGCUAUUUAUGGUGGAAUCACUGGACAGUAUGACUUCGGUCCCAUGGGUUGCGCUUUGAAGUCAAACAUGCUUCACGCAUGGCGACAAUUCUUUGUACUUGAAGAGCAAAUGCUGGAAGUUGAUUGCUCAAUUCUCACACCUGAACCAGUGUUGAAAGCUUCAGGACACGUUGAUCGUUUCGCUGACUUAAUGGUGAAAGAUCUCAAAACUGGCGAAUGCUUCCGUUUAGAUCACUUGAUAAAAGCUCAUCUUGAGAAAGUUUCGUCGGAUAAGAAAGCGACACAAGAACUUAAAGAUGAAUGUGAGAACAUUGUGGUGAGACUUGAUGGAAUGACAAAAGAUGAGAUGGGCGCUAUCAUGAAGAAGUUCAACAUGAAAUCGCCAAUCACUCAAAAUGAUUUAAGUGAACCAAUGGAAUUCAAUUUAAUGUUUGCAACGCAAAUUGGACCAACUGGACUUGUCAAAGGAUUUCUUCGACCAGAGACAGCGCAAGGAAUUUUCGUCAACUUUAAACGUCUUUUAGAGUUUAAUCAAGGACGUCUUCCGUUUGCUGCGGCACAAAUUGGAAACUCAUUUCGUAAUGAAAUUUCACCACGUUCGGGACUUAUUCGCGUCCGUGAGUUCACAAUGGCUGAAAUUGAACAUUUCUGCGAUCCCAACAUGAAAGACCAUCCAAAGUUUGUCGAUGUUGAGAAUUAUGAGAUGAUUUUGUAUUCAGCUUGUAAUCAAAUGGAUGGCAAAAGUGCGAUGCGCUUAACGAUUGGAGAAGCUGUUAAGACGAAACUUGUCGCCAAUGAGACUCUCGGAUAUUUCAUGGCACGCAUUCAAAUGUUCUUGAUAAAAGUUGGCAUUUUACCUGAAAGACUUCGAUUCCGGCAACACAUGGGUAAUGAAAUGGCGCAUUAUGCUUGCGACUGUUGGGAUGCUGAAUGUUUGACUUCUUAUGGAUGGAUUGAAUGUGUAGGAUGUGCUGAUCGUUCAGCUUACGAUUUGACACAACAUACAAAUGCAACUGGAAUCAGAUUAUCAGCUGAGAAGAAAUUACCAGAACCGAAAACUGUCGAAAUUACUGAAGCUGUCGCUAACAAACAAGUUUUAGGAAAAGCUUUCAAAAAAGAUGCGAAAGCGAUUUCUGAUUUGUUAGCGAAACUUUCUGUGAGUGAAAUUGAAGCGAUGGAUGCAGAAUUAAAUUCGAAUGAUUCCUACAAACUUCACUUGAACUCUGAUGUCACUGUGACAAUCAAUCGAGAGAUGGUGAGCGUCAAGAAAAGCUCAAAAACUUUGCAUGUUGAAGAAAUCACGCCGUCAGUCAUUGAACCUUCCUUCGGUAUUGGAAGAAUCAUGUACGCGUUACUUGAGCAUCGUUUCCAAAUGCGUGAUGGCGAUGACCAACGUUGCUACUUCUCCUUACCAGCUAUUGUAGCUCCACUAAAAUGUUCCGUACUUCCAUUAAGCAACAAUCAAGAAUUUGCUCCAUUCAUAAAGCAAAUUUCUUCUGCUCUAACUCGCGUUGAUGUUUCUCAUAAAGUUGAUGAUUCAAGUGGGUCAAUUGGACGUCGUUACGCUCGUACUGAUGAGAUUGCAAUUCCUUACGGCAUCACAAUCGACUUCGAUACACUAAAGGAACCACACAGUGUGACCUUGCGUGAACGUGACACGAUGGGACAAGUAAGGAUCCCUCUUGAUGAAAUUGCUGACGUUGUCAGAAGCCUCGCUUAUAGUAAAAUCCAAUGGGAGAAUGUUGAAGCGAAAUAUCCAAAGUUUGAGCAACAAGAGGCCACAAAAUAAAAUAAAAAAGUUAAAACUGAUAACAAAUCGAAUUGAAGCAAUUAAAAGAAAUCAUGUCAAAGCAUUUAAUCAUUUUAUCAGAAUUUUAUUUGCAUUAAUAUUUGAAUAAAUUGUGAAAAUUA